AUGGCUCCAGCCCAAUUGCGUCUGGUCUUUCUAACUAUUUUCCUACGUUUCAUAGCUGCACAGAAUGAUGGUUCUGUAUCUGUUGGUGCAUCACUCACAGCCACAUCCGAUGUGAAACCAUGGCUUUCAUCUUCUGGUGAAUUUGCCUUUGGGUUCAAACAAGUUCAAGGGAACGAUAAUUUCUUGGUAUCCAUAUGGUACGAAAAGAUACCUGAUAAGACCAUUGUCUGGUAUCCAGAAGAAGGUCGGAUGGUGCCUACAGGAUCCAAAGUUGAGCUACUUCGUGCAAGUGGACUCGUACUCACUGAUCCUCAGGGUACAGAGGUAUGGAGAUCUGGGUCUAUUUCCGCUGUUGCAUCAGGUUUUAUGAAUGAUACAGGUAACUUUGUGAUUUUUGGUAGCAAUUCUCGCAAGUUAUGGGGUAGUUUUGAUUUUCCAGCAAACACCCUGUUGCCUACUCAGGUUAUGAAGACAGGUGGAGGGAUGAAUUCAACAAUCAGUGCAACAAACUUCUCUGGUGGACGAUUCCAGUUACGUCUGCUUCAAGAUGGGAAUCUUGUUCUUAACACUCGAGAUAUACUUUCAGGUAAUGCUUAUAAUGCCUACUAUACCAGUGACACUUAUGAUGCCACCAAUUCAACAAAUUCCGGUGAACAAGUGAUCUUCGAUGCAACGGGAUACAUGUAUAUAUUGAGAAGAAAUGGCCAAAGAUUUGAUCUUACUCCAAGAGACUCAUUUCCUUCUGGAGACUAUUAUCAUAGGGCUACUCUAGAUUCUGAUGGUGUUGUUCGUCAAUACUACUACCCCAAGAAUGCCACUGGCAAUACAAUCUGGGAAGUAAUAUGGUUUCUGCCAGAAGACAUAUGUAAUAUAUAUGGGCGUCUAGGCAGUGGAGCUUGUGGGUAUAACAAUAUUUGCCGAUUUAAUGGUAAUAGCCCAAUUAGCUGUGAAUGCCCGCAGGGGUUCUCAUUGCAUGACCCAAAUAAUCCAAGUGGUGAUUGCAAGCCUGAUUUCACUCCAACAUGUGAUGAAGUUGACCCCAUUGAUUUCAUCGAGCUUCAUAAUAUUGAUUGGCCAAUGUCGGACUAUGUGGACAUGAAGCCGAGUGAUGAAGACACCUGCAAAAGUUCCUGCUUGGAAGAUUGUUACUGUGCUGUUGCAAUAUACAGGGACAUCGAAUGUUGGAAGAAGAGGCUUCCACUCUCUAAUGGGAGGCAGGUUGCUUCAGCUAAUGUUAAGGCGUUCGUGAAACACCGGAUAGGUGAUGGUCCUGUUCAAAACCCUCCUCUUCAAAGUCCUCCUCUUCAAUAUCUUUUCCGCACCAGAAUAUCAAUCAUAAAUUAA